AUGGACGGACGUAAGCUCGUGCUUGUGACAGGUGCCAACACCGGUCUCGGUUUCCAGAUUGUCAAGGCUAUUUGCAGCUCCGAUUUAGGGUAUGAGGUCUUGGUCGGAGGUAGAUCCCUCCAAAAGGCUGAACAGGCCGUCAAGAACCUCAAGGAAGAGUUUCCUUCCAGCUACCUUCAUGCAAUUCAACUUGAUAUUGAAGAUGAUAUCUCCAUUGCUUCUGCAUUUGAAUACAUCAAGGCUCAGUAUGGAAAACUUGAUGCCCUUAUCAACAACGCAGGUGCCCAAUUCGAUCAACAGCUUACCGCUGGCAAGAUGUCAGCUAGAGAAAUGUGGAAUAAAACAUAUGAUGUGAACGUCACCGGGACCCAUAUCUUGACUUGGACCUUGGCCCCAUUGCUUCUCGAGUCCAGCGAUCCCCGCCUCAUAUUCAUCGCUAGCGGCACAUCAUCUCUUACCGGGUCUGAAAACCCCGACUUGCCCAUCAAUACGCGGCCCAGCAAAGGUUGGCCAAAAGCCUUGAAUAACUUCAAUUUGCCCGCGUAUCGAAGCAGCAAGACUGCACUGAACAUGAUGAUGAGGGAGUGGUUCCGGCUUCUUGGUCAGGAUGGCGUGAAAGUAUGGGCUAUCAGCCCUGGAUACCUGGCAACCGGUCUCGGUGUCGGCCAAGAGCAGAAUAAAACACAAGGUGCAAUUGAUCCUUCCAUUGGAGCUGCAAUUGUCAAAGAUGUUUUGGAAGGGGCGAGGGAUAAGGAGGUUGGCAAAGUUGUAUCCAGGCAAGGCGUUCAGCCUUGGUAG